AUGCCCACAACAACGGAGGGUUUGAUCCCCAACUGGUUUCCCCCGAAUCGAGAGAACUAUGACUUGAUUCUCACUCUCUGGAAAUUGUUCCCCUUCUUCUCCUCCCUUCAAUGGCUAAUCCCUUGGUACGGCAUGGGCAAAACCUCCAUCCCUCACUCCCCGCUCAACUUGCCAGGCCGCCUCGCCUGGCUAACAAUGGAAAUCCCCGGCUUCCUGACCCUCCUCUAUCACCUCUACGUCCUCCCCUCUCAACUGCCCCUUCCUCCCUCCCCCGACGGCUCCCUCCCCUGGCAAACACAAACCCUCGCCUUCCUCUUUGUAUUUCAUUAUAUCUACAGGGCUAUCCUCUUCCCUUUCUUACAGCCAUCCAUGUCGCCGGUGCACUUGUUCAUCUGGCUCCUCGGCGUGACAUUUCAACUGGUGAAUGGUACCGUCAUCGGCGCCUGGCUGGCUGGCUAUGGGCCGAUGUAUUACAACCAUUCCCCUGCACAGACGCCUAUCUCACAGUUCGCGCUGGGUCUCAUAGUAUUUUACCUCGGGCUGGCAAGCAAUUACUUCCACGACGACCACCUCCGCGAGAUCCGGCGCCGCGUCCUCCGCCGGCAGCAGUUAGCUGCUCAGAAGCCAGAUGACAGCCCCGACGCGCCAAAGUCAGUGGAGAAGCACUAUGAGAUACCGCAAGCGGGAUUGUUCAAGGUGGUGCUGUAUCCGCACUAUUUGAGCGAAUGGAUUGAGUGGGUUGGGUACUGGAUCGCGGCGGGGUGGGGUUGUGUGCCGGCGAGGUGUUUUGUGUUAAAUGAGGUUACGGCGAUGUUGCCUAGGGCGGUGAGGGGACGGCAGUGGUAUGUGGAGCGAUUUGGAGAGGAGACGGUUGGGAGGAGGUGGGCUGUUAUUCCGGGGGUUUGGUAA